CCUCUCCUCUGUCCUAGAAGUUCCUUCAUGCAUGCAAUGUCCUGAUCCGAUCGUGUCUGACCUUUUGUUUUUUUACGCACACAAAACCUACGGCUCGCAGUGAUUACUGGGCAUGGGGGAUCAGAAAGAGCCGACAAUGGUUCCCAAAUCCACUUCGUUUAGUAUCAAGAGCCUGCUGCUUCCUUCUAAAAGUGACAAGGCGAGCUCAGGGUCCCUAGCAAAGGGACGUCUUCCUGCAGGGUCUGAAACGGCAAAACCUGCGGCUAUGAAGGAAAUGGCAUCGUCUCCUGAAAAGCAAGAAUGUCGCCUGGAAGAAGAGGAAAGCGCUGAUCAACCGAAAGAGCCAAAUAAGAACGGGAAGUACGAUAAGCCACCGUUCAGUUACAACGCGCUCAUCAUGAUGGCUAUCCGACAGAGUCCAGAGAAACGGCUUACACUGAAUGGCAUCUACGAGUUCAUCAUGAAGAAUUUCCCUUACUACAGAGAGCACAAACAAGGCUGGCAGAACUCCAUUCGACAUAAUCUGAGUCUCAACAAAUGUUUCGUUAAAGUGCCAAGGCAUUACGAUGAUCCCGGGAAAGGAAACUACUGGAUGCUGGACCCGUCAAGCGAUGAUGUUUUCAUCGGGGGGACCACCGGUAAACUUCGGAGACGCUCUGCUACCUCCCGGGGGAAACUGGCCCUAAAAAGGGGGCUUCGUUUUGCUCCCCUAGGUCUGGGGCUCAACGAGAGAUCAACUAAUCCUUUGUACUGGCAGAUAUCGCCAUUUUUAUCUCUGCAUCACGCGCAUUAUAACGGAUCUGCGUCCGGAUUUCUCAGUCAGGGACACGCUUAUGGGUCGUUCCUUUCGGGGAUGGACCAACUGAGCAACGGGGACCUUCCUCGUCCGAUCCUGGCCAGCACUGCAGGGGGUAUCAGCCUGACUAACACUUACGGCGUCAGCUCGUCUUCGGUCAGUUUACUAUCCGGUCAAGCCGGUUAUUUUGUCUCAGGGGCUCAGCACUCGCAGUCUGUACAGCCAAGUGGGGGGACCAGUGGUUUCGGAGUGCCUUCCACGUCACCCUCCACUCUCAUCUCUGAAACAGUCGGACCUGCGUUGCCGCCUUUCACGCAGGGGGUUUCGGCGGCAUUUUCGGGCGUCCUGUCCCAUCAAAACAGGGUUACCUCAGCAGAUUCGUUUUUAAACUGAUCGGGUUAUUUUUCGUGGGGUCAUCAUCUGUCAUCCUCACCUAUACAAGUCGUCUGCUGUUUGCUGAAUAAUGCUUAUGAACGACCACUUUGAGCAAAAAGUAGCCUGCUUAAUGAAGACAUAUUUUCUCGUGCUCUGUUAACAGAAAUCAUAACCCCUCUCAUGCAUUGUUUACAUAAAGCUUAAAAGACAAUUUUAUUUUACACCAACAUUUACAAAAGAAUUGACUUUGUUACCUAGGUUGCAAACUGACUCUUUGUAACACCAAAGGUAACAGACUUGACUUAUGUAUUGGUCUAUUUAUACAUAAAGUAACAGAAAUGUAACAUUAUGUAAUUUAAUUUAUGUAUUUCUUAUUUAUUAAAGGCGUAUAUUUAUUUUUUUCAAAACAUGUCGGUAGACGUUGUUUUAAAGAAAGAGAAAGGUUUACAUUAUUUACACUUUUACAUGCAUUUAUUUAAUAAUUUCAUUUUCAUGAUUUCAAUUAGCAAACUAAGUGGAAUUGUUUCCUUUCAAGCGCCUUAAUACAUACAAAUCAGGGCUGCUGACCUUUGCGGGCAUUGCGUUUGCUGUUAACGUGGUUUAUUACAGUCUGUGGCUCAGCUCAGGUUUUCUAUAGUUUUGGAAAAAGGCUAUAGCAUAUCAUUAAUUUAUGAUUAUUGACAAUCAUGUACGAUUUGCAGCAAUAUGUGCUACUGAUGAUGGCGAUGUUUAUUACUACGGUGUGCAUGUGGGUGUGUUUACGUUCUGAUUCUGUGCGCGCUACCAACUCUGUUUAUAUGACGUAAUCAAAGAGAUCGCGAGAUACAACACGGAGAAUCUCUGCGGACUAGUGUGGCGUUAUUGACAAAAAAGAAAUCUAGCGUCGAAGCCUUCUUUUGACAUCAUGGUAGUAUCCGACCUCUCAAAUGGAAAGCACUAUCAUGAAAUACUUAAGUUUACUUAAAUGCUAGGAAAAUUGCAUUGAAGUUUUUAAUUUGCGUCACUUAUGCGCAUACUUGAAUCAUUGUUUUUGUGUAAAUCAUCUAAAGCUUGAUGCAAAACAUUAAACGAGGGCCUGCCUCCUUGGCUGUGCAUUAAGCAUUUUCAUUAUUUGUGUAGCAAUAUUUGAUCUUGAAAUUAGAUGACGAGCAUUUAGUGCACUUCUAUUUUGAAUCUGACUGUAUCUUGUGGUGUUUUAUUUUUUUAGACCCGUAUUCAUUUUAUGUUUCGGUUUUGGCCUGUUUGGUUCCAUUUGUCAAAGUCACUAAUCUCAGAUCAUCGCUACUAAUGUUUAGAAAGUCGUGUCUAUACUUUUAUAGCUGCUUUGAAACUGGCGUUAUCGCCUUAAUAUACUUCAGUUAAGAGUACGUAAUAUCAAUGACUGAAUUGUAUAUGCAUAUAAAAUGAUACACUAUUUUCGGUUUGGCUUUCUGGCAAAAGACAUUUUUCAUUUACAUGCAAAGAUUACAUUUACAUCAUUAACGUUUAUUGUUAGAU